CAGCUGGGCGUUGCUUUCUGUGCGGUGCCGCCGUUGCUGAGCAAAAUUUUCCUCUGUUUUCGAUGGCGCUGAGCCGUGCUCCCUCAAGGGCUGCAUAACAUAGCGGCGACCUUUCCUUUUCUCAUCCUGAACCACUUCUCUCUCAGUUUUCGUAUAGUGGUAUGUCUGUCGUCAUCCACAAUGACUGGGUGCUGCGUGCCGCUGUGCACCGGAUCUAGCCGAAAAGGACAUCGAAUGUUUCGCUUCCCUCGCGACAAUGAGCGCCGGAAGAUAUGGGAGGUGCAAGUCAAACGCGCAUUUUGGGAGGCGAAGGACACAAGCAAAAUAUGCGAGUUGCAUUUUGAGCCGUCGCAGUAUGAGCAGCGUCGAGUGGAUGGCUGGAAAAAGCUGAAGCAGAAUGCCAUUCCCACGCUCUUCGCAUACAACACGAAGCCACUCAAGCAACAAACAGAACAGGAGUCACACUCAAAACGGCGAAAAAAGCGACCAAAAGUCCCCCAAGGGAAAGCAGCCAUAAACAACCAUAGUGAGGCACCGCGCUUCCAGCCAGAGAGUUGACGUCAAUCACGCAAGUGUGCUACGUACAUUGCCGUGCUGUGGCUUCACUUUCAGUGAUGUGUGAAUUUGAGAAUUAGUCAAGACAACAGCAGUUAUUCUUUUUCCGUUGCUUCAAUAGACAAAUCAAAGUUUCGAGAAAUAAUAAAACCUACAAACCGAAUGUCUGUGCGUCUUUGUUUAAUUUGUAUUGUAGCAAGAGAGAUGUACUACUCCUGUUUCGUCUGCUUGUUCCCAUGUCGUGCAGUCGCAUGCGCAGAGAGUAAAACCGUGUCAUUUUCUACUGUGUUCCAGUGUGCAAUCAUGCUCUGUGAUCCGCUUGCGUGUGCCUCAGUGUUGUUGUAGCACCGACUUACACCACUAGUCACGUGCAAAAUCACGUGCUGCAUGAACGAGACAAACGCAACAGCUCCCGCGCGAGACCGUCGGUGGAAGUGCGCUGCGCAGCAAAAAAGCGAGAAAAAAAAAGAAGGCGGGGCCUGCGACUUAUGCGUCACGCAACCCUUGAGCUCUGGUACGAGAAAAUGCAGGGAAGGAAUUUCGCUUGCGGAGGCUAGACGGUGCAAGUGGAGAGAGUGUCUACGCUGGCAGUGAUGCUCGCCUCCUGAAAUAAUGGUUUCGUGGCAUUGAAACUAUUAAUGAACCAAUUUGAAAAAUUAUUGCGG